UAUGUGACCUAUGUUCGCGUUCCGAUUUAUUCCAAUCUCAACAAGAAACAUGAGUGAUCGUGGUAGACACCGUGCGUAAUAGUUACUGAUUCGUAUUUUAAUCUUACACGGUAGACUGUGAUUUUUCAUAUCUCAAUACGAAAGGAAAGGUAGAACAAACGCAUCUGUUAACGCCACAACUGGUGAACACGAUUGAUUAUCUGCAGCAUGUGGCCACGAUGUUUUUAAAGUUCUUAUGAAUAGAAUAUAUUACUGUCAUCAUGUAGUACGAUGACGUAUAGAUGUCAAGAUCAUACAAAGUACUUAUUUUUUUUUAGCUAUUAUCAUGGGAUCUAGAUUACGAGAAAAUGUUAAACAACUCUUUGAGUGCUUCUGCGAGGUAGCGGCACCAGUAGGGGAAAAGCCAGCUUGGAUACUUCAAAAAUAUCCAAAUUCUUUUUUGGAUGAGGAAAUACUUAAAUCUGUUCCUAAAUUUGCAUACCCUUGCGAAGUUGAAAAUUUGUUGGUACAACACUUUUCUUUUGUACUCACAAGUAUAGAUUCAAAAUGGACCUUUGGAUUUUGCCGUCAUGAUCCUAAGACAGAUACAGCUUUAGUAGUUCUGAGUGCACUACCAUGGCAUGAAACAUUUUACAAGUUAUUAAAUCAUAUUGCAUCCUUGACCAGCAAUGCCAGUGGAGAAGAUCUGUGGAAAUUUCUUGAAAAUCUAUAUACUUGUGGAGUUCCAAUUCCUGGAAAUUCCAUAUCUAUACCUUUACCAAAUUCUACAGUGAAUUUUAUUUGUCAAAGCCCAAAACAAUUUCAACUUCCUAGUAUUCCAGAAAAUAGAAACUUGACUGAAUAUUAUAGUGCUGUCGAUUCGCAUAAUAUGAUGAUGGUAUUUGCAUCUAUGUUGUAUGAACGCCGCAUCAUUUUUACCUCGAAACGUCUGUCGAGAUUGAGUGCAUGUGUACAAGCAUGCAAUGCUUUAAUUUAUCCAAUGAUAUGGCAGCAUAUAUACAUCCCUGUAUUACCUUUAUCAUUAAUAGAUUAUUUAUUAGCGCCUAUGCCAUUUUUGAUUGGAGUACCCACGGGAACACUUCAGAAAGUGCGCAAGAGCGACUUGGGAGAAGUUGUUAUUUUGGAUGCUGAUAAUAAUACAAUCGAAUCACCCUUCCAAGAUCUAGAGUCUUUACCUCAGGAUGUAGUGACAAACUUGAAAAAAGCGUUACGUAAUAGACCUGCGCUCCUUGGAGACGGUGUGUCAAGAGCAUUUUUGCGCUCAUUAGUACAGUUAACAGCAGGCUAUAGGGAAGCAUUAACUUUGCAGCAGGGUGAGCGUAUUACAUUCAAUCAAAAUGCAUUUGUUGAAAGCAGACCAUCUUCUAUGCAACCAUUUCUACGGAAGAUGUUGGAGUUGCAAAUUUUUCAACAGUUUAUAGAAGAAAGAUUAAACAUGCUUAAUUCAGGACUUGGAUUUUCGGACGAGUUCGAAAUGGAAGCCUGCAGUUAUUCGGCCAAAUCGAGUAGUAAAUUCAUGCAACAAUAUAGGGAAUGGACUUAUACUAUGAGAAAAGAAAGUUCUGCAUUUUUCCGCAGCGUAAAAGAUAAGGCCAAUCCGGCAGUAAAAUACGCAGUUAAAUCAGUUAAGGAUAAGGGGAAAGACAUGAAAACAGCAUAUAAAGGACUAAAGUGGAAAGGUCGGUCUAAUAGAAGUGAGACAAGUAUGAGAUUUCACCAACCACGAUCAGCUCCCAGUUCACCUACAUUAGAUAGAAGACCUAUGGGAUUCACAUCUCCGCCGAAAUCUCCAAAUGGAUUAUCGGCAACGACUAGCUAUCGGAAAGAAUUGCGUUUGAGAAAUAACAAUUUUCCCGAUACAAGUAGAAAACAAUAUUCACCGUUAAGCCCUAGUUCUCCUGAGGACUCUGAAUCUCCUCCAGAACGCCUGAACAUAGACCUUAUGCAUGAACUUCGGGAUGUGAUAUUUCCAAAUACACCGCCUGUUGAUAGAACGUUGAAACCAGUACGCAGUUUAGACAGCUUGAGACCUGCAUGGAGUGGGCAUUUACGGCACGGCCCUCCACCUAGUAUUGUCAUUACAAAUCCAUGCGAAGUUUCCUCAACAAAGCCAAUUUUAUCCUCCUUUCGUCCUCUUCCUCCAGACAACUCGAUCAAACGAUCGAAUACGACACCUGAUACAAGUGCAACAGCAAAGACAUUUCCUUUCAGUUCGUUAACUACAAAAUCAAACAAAACUGUGAAAGAAGUGGACAAAGCGUCCCUUCUACCCGCAUCAUCCACACCGUACAAUCAAAUCGCUGAUCCAAAUAAAUUUUUGCACGAAAUACAUGUACAUAAUGACUUAAUGAAAACUGUCGCUAUCUCGCAAUCGUGUAUUCGUGAAAAAGAGAACGCUGAGUCCGAGGAAGAGAUCUCUUCAAAAAAUGAGAAAUCUAAUUCCAAAGAUACUCUCACAAAUACAGACUCGACAACCACAGAUAUAUGGGACAAUAGUGAGCCUUUCGAUAAAACUUUCAAAACAUCAAACUUUCUUCACGAAGUGAAUGAAAACGAUCCUUUUGACACGAGUAAAGUGUUCAUGCCUACUUAUUUGCAAACACCACUCUUCAAAUCCACAAUCCCCUCGAUACCCGUUCAAUUUCAUCAUCCAUUACCACAUCCAUUCAAUACUGCAUCCUGCUCUGCACAUGCUAAGGAUUCUCCUGAUGUUCCAGAUUUAAUACGAUUAGAUUCGACAAAUAGCAGUGACGAUUUCGACCCGCUUCUAUCUAAAUCUUCCGAAUACACAAGCACAAGACAAAUGACUCAAUCGUUACAUUUACCCGAGAUGGGUGAAGGCCUUAGUAACCCAUUGUACCCAUACUUUCAACCGUUGCACAAAAAUAAUGAUAAACCGAAGACUUCCGAUAAUGCAGGCGAUAUGGAUUUAUUACAAGCAUAUGGUAUAGAUUUUAAUAAAUUUAGUUUAGCCAAUGGUGACUCAUCCACAAAGAAUAUUGCUACUACAUGUAAUCGAAGUGUACCAGACAACAGUAUUAAUAAUAUCGAUACGCUAGAUACAUUCAGCUUAACGCUGAAUGCACCUACCAUUAAGUCGCAAAAUAAUUGGACAAAAUUUGAGUAAAUUUUAAUAUAAAUUAUACAUAUCAUGGUUUGUAAAUACAUCAUUAGUAUUGUUUUGUUAUAUAUUCAAAUAUGAUUAUCAUCAAGUAUCUGCAUUAACGGUUAAAAAAUCAUCUUAGAAAUCAAAUAAUUGUCUUAAUAUGCGCACAGUCAUUUGCCAAAAGAAAAAAAAAGGAAGAAAUUGUAAACAGUAUAACUUUUAUAUACUCCUUCUGUACAUUUUUUGUAUUAGAAAUUAAUAAUAUUUGUUAUGUAUAUUUCGUUAAUAGAUUAAAAUGUUUGUAUUUUUAUUAAUCAUUGCAUAGCAUUAUGUCAGUAUGCAUUUUACUGAGGAACUUGUGCAGUGUGGAAUUAUCAUGUUAUUACAUAACUUUCAUUUGGCAACAGCAGCGUUAGAAAGGAUUCAUAGGAAUAAAUUAAAAAUAAAAGAAAGUCCGGAUAUAAUUAAAUAUUUUAAUGCUGGUAUACAUAUGAUUAAGAUCCAGCUCACGAAGAAUAUUGUAAUUAUCAGUAUAGAAAUAUCAAUAAUAUAUCGCGUAAUACUGUCACACUCUUACAAUCUCUAAAAUGUCAUUUGUAUAAUUUCACUUUAUGAUCUUUUUUAGCUUUGGCUAAAUUCUUAUAAAAUGCUCAAUCGAGUAUUACUUCAUAAACAUUUGUAGAUACCAAAUACCCCAUUUAGAAUAGUUAUUAAACUGUAAUGAAAGAGCGACUGCUGAUAGUCAAGGAAAGUAAAUUAAGUGAAACGAAUAUACCGUACAAUUUUAUAGGUUAGAUUAUUGUUAGAUAUUGAUUAUAUCAAUUUUAAUAACUGUUGCACAUUUACCGGCAAUGCUUUAUAAUAAAUUGAUGGAAAAAAAUAA